AUGCCACAACCUUCUACAACUUUGAGUGCAGUAGUUGGUAACAGGUUGAUAUUCGAACAUCAACAACUGCAGAAUGAGGCACAACAGUGUCGUAGCCUUGGCCAUAUUGUUAUUACUGUGGCUUCAUCUGGAAUUGCAUCAUUGUUAUUGGUAGGAGGUCGUAUUGCUCAUUCGACAUUUUCCAUUCUGUUGGAUGUAUUGGAAAAUUCAAUUUGUGGAUUUAGCAAGCAAUUAUUACAAGCAGAAUUGUUUAGAGAAACAAAACUUAUAAUCUGGGAUGAAAUUCCUAUGCAGCAUAUACAUUGUGUUGAGGCAGUUGAUCGCACACUUCGGGACACUUGUGAUAGUGAAAAGCCAUUUGAGGGUAUCACUGUUGUUCUUGGUGGAGAUUUUCAACAAAUCUUACCAGUUAUAACCAAAGGAGUCCGUGAGAAAAUUGUGAAUGCAUCAUUAAGACACUCUUUUCUAUGGAAGGAUAUACAUGUUCUGUCUUUAAAUUUGAUCAUGCGCUUGAAUCAUGCAAAUCUUGAAAAUGCUAAUUUUGCAAAAUUUUUGAUGGAUAUUGUGACUAAUCCUCAAGAAAUUGUUAAAUUUCCAUCAACAAUACACAAAUGCCAAGAUCUAAAAGACAUCAUCGCAGUAGUUUAUCCGCAAUUGGAUGUGGCAAUGACAUCAACUGCAACAUUUUUAACUGAACGUACAAUUCUUUCUGUGCGGAAUGAUAACGUCAGUGCUGUUAAUACUGCAGCAUUGAAUAUUUUUUCGGGUAACACACAUACUUAUUUGGCAGCAGACAAGAUGUCUGAAGAUGAUGAAAUUGAUUUUCGAUUGGCAUAUGCCCUGACCAUUAAUAAAUCUCAAGAACAAUCUGUGAAAUUUGUUGGAGUUGAUUUGCGCACACCAGUGUUUAGUCAUGGGAAAUUGUAUGUGGCCCUAUCUAGAUGCACAUUUUUUGAUCAUAUAAGUGUCCUCCUUCCCAAUGAUGAGCCAGAUUCUACUACAAACAUUGUUUAUCCUUAA